AUGAAGUCAAUUUCAUUUGUAUCUCAACUCGUUCUUGUUUUUGGCGCCUUUAUAGAUCUCAACGAGGACCUCAAAGAAGAUAGCGGAUCGACAGUGCCGCAGCUAGAAUGGUGCGACUUGUACUCACCGAUCGACACACCUCAAAACCCCACAAUUGUGAUAUUUCACAGAAUGCGUACUCAUUAUGAAAAAAAAUUAUUCGAUGAUAUUUUCUGUCUAUUAAAAUCGACGCGGAUUCUGCUGUUGGAAAUGAACACCACUCACACCGGGAAUCAAGGUCUACCUUUACCUCGAGGAGAAGCAUGUGCUGAGGUGGUAAAUAUGGUUAGUCGAAAGAAUUACACGCAAACUCGAACGGCUAUCGUAAUGUUAGGUGCACCCACGUGUGAUAUAGACAAGACCUCUACGUUGCUGGCCAGAGUGAAGAAUCAUAAGCGUAUAAGUUUUUGGAAACUUGUUCCAUGUUUUAAUUGUUCACUCGUCGUUACUGAGUAUGAGACUAACGAAAAUAUUUUGGUCCAUCUUGCUGCGGUUCCUUUCAUAACAGGAACUCACCUCUUUCCUGACAUGAAUGCUGUACACGCUCUCGCAACCCACAUCGCUGGGGUUCCUGUUGCUUUGGACUUGAAAAACUUGUAUGCUCAAAUAGCAAAAGAGGGACAGGACGAGAAGUUCAGGCUCACUUCAAAUUGGGAGAAGGGAGGGAAUAUUGCCGCCCUUGUAACGCUUAUAUUCAUGUUCUUUCUUAUGUCUUUGUUCGUCUGCUGCUGUGCAUUCACCCAAUCAGCCUUUAUUAUCGAAGACUUCAACUAUCGGGAUGAAUUGCACUUGAAUUGGAGAGGCUUCGCGAACGAACAAGUAAAUGGACCAAAUCAGCAGGCCGAGGCAAACGACAUCAGUAUGCAUAGUGAAGCGACACAAGUCAGUGUGGCAGAAUCGCUGCACCGCACAAGUGGAACAAUUAAAACUCUGGAGGACGCUGUCAUUGCUGUAGCUGUUAACGACUGA